CACUUCACAUCUACAGCAUCUGCGAACAGAGGCUCAAAACAGCACAGCGUCGUGGCAAUGUCUGUGUUCGGUGUUUGAGGCAUUAAAUAAUGUGUCACAUCCACAACUAGGACAUCACUAAAUCAGAUUGUGACUACUGGAUCUUUCAACUGUUAUUGGUUUCAUGGAUUCCCGACCUACUUUCCUUCAUCCCCCUGAAAAUAAUGAGCCCAAGGUAUGCUGGGAAUCUGAGUCCCAGCACAGAAAAGGAAACCACUCUCCUGGAACCAGGACAAGACUUGUAAAGAAUCAUGGGAUUGAAGUACAAGCUAAAGAGACGGAGGAGAGAUCCACCGGCCAUGUAAAAACACUAAAACACAAUGCAUUAGCCACCACUGCCAUUCCAGCCGCAGAACUGCUUCCUGCAUCCACAGCUGCAUCAAAAAUACCCACCAUGCACUCAGCGUCAACCAAGCAGGUCACUGCGGGAAUAACCAGUGUAAGUGCUAUGACUAAAACGGCAUCUAAAAAAAACACCAAAACAACAGUUGGAGUGGAGGUCUUAAGUUUAUCCGGCCAAACUGGACACAGUGGGACAAAACCAAGAUCCCCAAAUGUGAGCCAUGAGAAGAAGCUACAAGCAAGUGCAAAAGCAUUUCCCAAUAACAUGCAAAAAACUGCCUCAGCAUCUCAUAUCAUGGGCUCCACAGACUUCCCCAAAAAGACACUUCAAAAAACAUCGUCCACUUCCCAGAUUUCCUCAACCGACUCUCCCAAGAGUCUCAGCCGGACUCUCUCGCACAUUCCCAGAGCAACGUCCAGCCCCAAACUUAAACCACCCCAUCCCGCAUCUCUCAAAGUGGAUAAAACCGAGCGGAAUAGAAGAGUCACGAGCAAAGAGGCACAGCUGUCGACUUCUCCAAAAGAUAAAAUGACUGAUACGUUGGUGGAGAGCAACCUGCAACUGGGGACAAAAGCAGAAAUGCGGGAGAGUCCUCAGGAGCAAGAGAUAAAGAGCGGGAAUGAGGGAGAUAAUAAAGACACAGUCCCUCAGGGACACAGUCUUGGAGGAAGUGACGUCAUCUCGAACUUUAAAGGUUGCAAAGAAAUGUCUUCUCUGUCACUGUAUCGUGCCGAAAACCUGAAAGAGCCAGAAGACAAGACUGACGCAUAUGUCACGACCCAAGAGAGACACACAGGAAAGAGUCAGAGGCUCUGGGAGAAGAAGGGAAGGGAGGAAGCAGAGUGCGAGGAGAAGAGGAACACAGGAGAGAGAAAGGGGGAAGCUGAGGUUAAGAAUGUCAAAAUGGUGAUUGAGCUCAAGAAGGAUACUGUAAAUAAUGAAAAGAAUAAGAUUCCGACACCCAAGAACUUGAAGGAUGCAGUGACAAUGACAGUCGAAGGUUUCCCGGUGACCGAGACGAAGGAUGCAGCACUGCAGGUUGAUCUGAAACCGGUGUGUAUUGAUGUCGAGGUCCAGGCGGUUGUGGAGGUCUGCUCCAGAUCCACACUCACAAGCCCAGUCCACAACGUUCAACCUUGUCAGUUGAACCAUGAGAUUGACCUCAACUCUAAAGCUGGCCUGCACAAUGAGCUCAACCUUGACAGCAUCUUGGACUCUGAUUGGUUGCCGACUGUACCCUUACCGGACCCCAAACCAACAGAAGCCAAGCCUAGAUUUCUAGGUCCACCCCCUUACAAGUCUCCCAAUAGUCAGAAACCGCUUCAACACAUCUGUCAAAUAGAGAUUGAGCUUCGUAGCCAGUUUCCGCAACCUCUCGGUUCGGUCCCCACCCAAGUAACCUCUGGGGACUCCUUGAAGCCACUCAAAUCUGGGGGAACAGCAGGGGUGGUAGGAGAAAAGGAGGAGAGCGGUGCACCUCAGGAGAUUGUCUGGGAUGAGCAGGGAAUGACGUGGGAAGUCUAUGGAGCGUCGCUGGAUAUGGAGUCCCUGGGAUUUGCCAUCCAGAACCACCUGCAGUGUAAGAUCCGUGAACAUGAGCGUCGCAUCGGCACACUCCGGAAGUCUAUAUGCCUCUCCGAACAAUCGCCCGGAAAGGGCAGGAUAGGAAAGAAGAAGAGGAAUGUCUUUAGGUCGCUGUUUGGUGGAUCUAAGUGCUGCUCAAAACCACGACCCAAAGAGGAAGCCGAAAAGUGACUAAUUGUUAUGUAAAUAUAUUUUGUAGAUGUGCUACACUGGAGAACGUAUAGCAAAAAUUUCUAAAAAUAUGUAGCGUAUUGUUGCUUCAUAGAAGUGUUAGACCAGGAGUCACCAGACUUGCUCCUGGAUGCCCAUUGUCCUGCAGAGUUUAGCGCCAAACCCCAAUCUAACACACCUGAACCAAUUAAUCAAGCGCUUAUUAGGCAUACUAGAAACAUCCAGGCAGGUGUGUUGAGGCAGGUUGGAUCUAAACUCUGCAAGACCAAGUUUGGUUACCCUUGUUUAAGACCAUGUCCAGGAUUUGAACGGUUUGAAAUAAUUUCUUGCCCAUGGCCUUGUCCCAAAUGGCGAGCUUAAUGUGAACUUACAGUCCAAUGACCUACACUUGUUCUUGACUAUGAAGUGCAUGAGACUAGAGUGUCCAACGUAGAGAGGUACCACGUUUGGCCAUACUGGUACAGACUACUACCCAAACGUCAACCUUUCAGGUUUUGGAACUCUGGAAUGUUCUUAAGUCUCUUACAAGAGUAGUUCACUCAAAAUUUAACUUUCUAUCAUCUCUUACUCAUGUUGUUCCAAUCCUUGAGUGAAUUUUUUUUUCUGUUAUAAACCCCUUAAGAAGAAUGUUUUGUAAAACCAAAAACUUUGGACCCCACGGACUUCUACUGAAUUCUCAAAAUGACCCGGAGACAUUUCUUAAAAGAAACGAAUAGAGUUUUGGACAUAUACAAUUGCAUUUAAGUGUGAACUAUCCCUUCCUGCCACAUAAAACACCAACUUGUAGACAUUAUUUUGGAUUAGCAUGUUCACACUGUUGAAAUGCAGAUUAGAAAUUGCAGUCGUUUCCCAACAUUUAAAAGUUGAACAUCCAACUCUUUGAAAUGUUGGUAUCCGUUGAGGACAUGUGAAAUAGCUUAGUUAAUGCAUUCACUUAAUCAUUAAGCGACGAGUGUAUUGUUCACUUUUAUGUAACUAUUGAAAGUUAGAUAACAUUUUUUUAUUUUUGUACAAUAUUCACUAUUAGUACUAACUUGUGUAAAACUGAAUUUUACAUUUUUACAAUUUGAAGUUUUGUAUCACUUUUCUUUUAAAAAAAAACUUUUGUUUGAGAACUGGUUUGACAACAGUUUCUGUAUUACACUGUUUUUAGGAAUCUUGUAGGUUUUGUCACAACAGCUAAUGACUUUCUAAAUGUGAGCACUGAUCAUGUUCAGUCACUUUGGUCACAUACUUGCACGCCUGAGAAACUUCAAGCACUGGUUGUUGUUUAAUGCUGGUAGAUUUUAAUCCCAGUUGUUUGCUUUAUUACUGCAAAAAUGCUGUCAGUGUGAGCGUCCUUUAGAAAUACAUAAUGCUGAGCUGAUAAUCACUGUAGGGCACUUUAAUGGAUUAAAAUAAUGCUUGUGAUGUUCUAUAUGAUGUGAAUUUUGAAGCUUUUUUUUUCAAGUUGAAUUGUUAAAAAUCCUUGUGCACGAGUCUGGUUUUUGUUUUCUCAUUUGAGAGCCCCUUUAAUGAGUCUUUGCACGCUGUAUGAUUUUCAUGUUAUUUUUACCAUGGUAUCAGGACUUGACUGAAUGAGGUCUUUGUGUUUUUGUGAGAGCUCUAAGUGAUGGCUGCUGAAUAUUUUAUCCUUUUCAUGUGAGGGAGCAAGAUGUUGAUGUUGAGUUUACAGAAGCAAGCUUGGUCUAAAUUUAGGUAUCUUUGUUCUAAAUGAUGUCUGAAGUUAGUCCUGCUGUAAAUUUUUUACUCGGGAGCAGUGGUGCAGCACAUAAAGCUACCAUGUUCUGUGUUAGUUUGACAUUAUGGACCCUAUGGAGCAUCUGCCCUAUAUACUACAGUGAGAUGAACUGUGCAGCAAAUGAUGGUGUGAUGGCGCUCUCUCUGCUCUCUGUACAGUAUUUGUGUGGCAGCACGUAAAAACAUUCUUGUGAGCAUUUGUUCAAAACCUCCAGAACUGUUAGGU